UGCAGGUAACGCUGACAGGUGUGUCCAUAGGUGCUCACUGGCUGGUUUGAACUAACCUCACGAAGCCGUCGAACAGGAAAAUCUGCAAUACAACACCCACCUGGGGAGUCAAGGGAAAUAUAGAAGGCCGUCACUUUCUCGGACUCCAUCGAGUUCGCGUCUGAUUAUUUUGGACUAUUUAAGCAGUUGACAGUAAAAAAAAAAAAAAAAAAAAAAGAAUAAAUAAAAGAAAAGAAGAAGAAAAAGUCUGAAAAUGAGUAAAAUCUCGAAGCUUUUCAAAGGUAGCUCCAGCUCGGGUUCAUCAUCCAGCUCUUCCUCAAAGUCCAAACACCACCGGUCGAAAGGAGGGCCGAGUCCGCAGGAGGCCAUCCACAGACUCCGGGAAACCGAGGAAAUGCUGACGAAGAAGCAGGAAUACCUGGAGAAGAGGAUAGAGCAAGAAGUAGCCACAGCCAAGAAGCACGGCACCAAAAACAAGAGGGCUGCGCUACAGGCUCUGAAGAGGAAGAAGCGCUUGGAGCAGCAGCUGACCCAGAUCGACGGCACGCUGUCCACCAUUGAGUUUCAGAGGGAGGCCCUGGAGAACUCGCACACCAACACGGAGGUCCUCAAGAACAUGGGCUUUGCUGCCAAGGCCAUGAAGCAGGUCCACGAGAACAUGGACGUCGACAAGAUUGAUGAUCUGAUGCAGGACAUCACAGAGCAGCAAGAUGUGGCUCGGGAAAUCAGCGAGGCAAUUUCCGGGCCGUUCGGCGAGCAGUUUGAUGAGGAUGAGCUCCUUGCAGAGCUGGAGGAGCUGGAGCAGGAGGACCUGGAGGAGAGCAUGAAGAGUAUGGGAGGACUGCCGAGCGUUCCCAGCUCCAAGCUGCCCUCAUCACGCCCCAGCCGUGCCACAACAAAGAAAAGGGUUGAAGAAGACGAUGACAUGCGUAUGCUGGCAUCAUGGGGAACAUGAGUCUGUUAACGAAGAGAAAGCAUCAUUGAACACUGUUAUGCCAACUUUUUGUAUUUACUUGUCACUUUUUCAAGGUUGUUGAAGGUUUUUAGGGAAACUGAGAAUGAUUUUAUUAUUAGUAGCUUUUUGAUUAAUCUAAAAGCAAAGGAAUACAACAAUAAUUUAGGUUUAGGUUCUUUUGUUAAGAGUAUGCUGCACUCAUGUUUUUUGUCUAACAAGGAUAUACUUAAUGCUAUUAAUCCACAGGGCAGAUCUGCUUCUUCUGCAGUUGUAAAUAAAUGCAAGUUCAGUCUAAAUAUUGUAAAUAACAUUAUAAUCUCUAACAAUAAAACUGACUCCUACA